CUUGUUGUGUUUUUGUCCCUCAGAUCGUGUUUACUUUUAUGAAGGGAGAUAUUAUUCAGUUUUGGUUUUUAUUUAUUCAUUUUGUGCUCAGUACUUCAUUCUGUUUUUGUAACGUAUUUUAAAAACUGAAAAUGUAUUGAUUUUAUUGUGAUCAUUCUUUACUAACUGCUGUGGUAAUAAAAGGUGACUGAUGUUUGCUUUGGAUUACUCGGAACAGGUUGGAGCAGUUUAUGGUGGAGAGGAGUAUUAAGACGGCCUUGAUUUGUGACAAGUCUGUCUGUGAUUGGUUGGCUGGUGUGUUUACCGGAGGCCGAGCUGUUUCCUUGUUGUUGUGUAAGAAAAAGGGGGCGGAGCUGUUCAUGUAGUUCUCACACUGACUUUUCAGAGUCCAAACAAGGACAGGAGCCUGGACUUUCUUCACCAACAACAGUCAAAGAGCGAACAUGAACGGGUUUGAACCUCCAGACUUCACUCCUGAAUCAGGACCUUCAGACCCAAAACAUCAGGUGCUCAGACAGAACAUGUGGUCUCCUGGAUCCAGCUGUUUGUCCAUGAUGAGCGACUUGUCCAAACCAGAACCUCCAGAUUUCAGCAUUGAACCUGGACCCUCACAAAGUCAACAGCUGAGAAAAACAGACCAUUCUUCAGUGUCCAGCAGCCUGUCUCUGAGGAGCAACCUGUCCAAACCUCAACCUCCAAAUUUCAGUUCUGAACCUGCAGCGUCAGACACAGAAAAAAGUCUUGAAAAGAUUAGACAAUCUGGAGCUGAACUGCAAACAGUCACUCAGGGCAGAACUGAUCAAUCAGAUUUUGAACUGCAGGAGCUUUUGAAAGAGCAUAAAAUCAAUUUAGGCAGCCAAAGCAGACAUACAUCCCAAGGAACUGAUGAAACAGGAAGUGGAAUACCCCUGAACAGGAUCUACACUGAGCUCUACAUCACAGAGGGAUGGAGUGAAGAUGUCAUCAACCAACAUGAGGUGAGGCAGCUGGAAACAGUCUCAAAGAUCAGCACCCACCAUGACACUUUAAUCAAGUGUCACGAGAUCUUCAGAGCCUUUUCUGACCAACAUGGAAUCAUCAGAGUGGUGCUGACAAAUGGCGUCGCAGGCAUUGGAAAAACCUUCUCAGUGCAGAAGUUCACUCUGGACUGGGCCGAGGGCUUGGAGAACCAAGACAUCAGUGCUGUGGUUCCUCUUUCAUUCAGAGAGCUGAACUUGAUCAGAGAUGAGCAGCACAGUCUCCUUACCCUCAUUCAAGUUUUCCAUCCAAUAUUCCAGAGGAUUCCUGCUGAGCAGCUGGCUACCUGUAAACUACUGUUUAUCUUUGAUGGUUUGGAUGAAAGCAGGCUUUCUCUUGACUUCAGCAACAGUCAGGUGGUGUCUGAUGUAACACAGAGGUCGUCAGUCAAUGCACUGCUGACAAACCUCAUCCUGGGACAUUUGCUUCCGUCAGCCCUUGUCUGGAUAACGUCCAGACCUGCAGCUGCCAACAAAGUCCCUCCAGCAUCUGUUGACAGGCUUACAGAAGUACGAGGCUUCAAUGACUCCCAGAAAGAGGAAUACUUCAGGAAGAGGUUUGAAGAUGAAAGAGUGUCAAGCACCAUCAUAUCUUACAUCAAGAGCUCCAGGACCCUUCACAUUAUGUGUACAGUACCCAUCUUCUGCUGGAUUUCUGCUGUGGUUCUGGAGUACAUGAAGACCACAGAGCAGAGAGGAGAGCUGCCCAAGACCCUGACUGACAUGUACUCACACUUCCUGAUGGUUCAGACACUGAGCAAGAGGAAAAAGUACCAGCAGAGACAUGAAACAAGUUUGCAAGAGCUGACAGAGGCUGACAGAGACAUCCUGCUGAAGCUGGGGAAGCUGGCCUUUCUACAUCUAGAUAAAGGAAACAUCAUGCUCUACCAAGAAGAUCUGGAGCAGUGUGGUCUGGACGUCACUGAGGUCUCUGUGUACUCGGGAGUUUGUACAGAGAUCUUUAAACGAGAGAAUGGGAUCUUCCAGAAACCAAUCUACAGCUUUGUUCAUCUAAGUGUUCAGGAAUUUCUUGCUGCAGUCUACGUGUUCUAUUGUUACACCAACAAAAACACUGAUGCUGGAAACUUCCUGAAAGGUCAAAUGUGCAGUUCAUCUCUGGAGGUGUUUUUGAGCAGAGCCAUGGAGAAAUCCCUGCAGAGUAAAACUGGCCAUCUAGACCUGUUUGUACGCUUCCUUCAUGGCCUCUCUGUGGAGUCCAAUCAGAGACUCUUAGGAAGCCUUCUGGGUCAGACAGAGAACAGUCCGGAAACCGUCCAGUCAGUCGUAAGCAACCUGAAGAAGAUGAGCAUUGGCGAGAUGUGUCCUGACAGAAGCAUUAACAUUUUCCACUGUCUGAUGGAGAUGAAGGACACAACAGUUCAUCAGGAGAUCAAAGAGUUCCUGAAGUUGGAAAACAGAUCUGACCGGAGACUCUCAGAGAUCCACUGCUCAGCUCUGGCCUACAUGCUGCAGAUAUCAGAGGAAGUUCAGCUCAACUUGGAUCUCAACAAGUUCAACACAACAGAUGCAGGUCGACUAAGACUGAUCCCAGCCAUUAGGAACUGCAGAAAGUUCAGAAUUUCAUGGUGUAAACUCUCAGACAGUCACAGUGAAGUUGUAGCUUCAGCUCUGAAGUCCAACCCGUCCCAUCUGAGAAAACUGGACCUGGCCUUGAAUAACCUGCAGGACUCGGGAGUGAAGAUUCUGUCUGCAGGACUUGAGAGUCCAAACUGUAGACUGGAGAGUCUAACCUUUGAGACAUGCUUUCUGCCACAGCAAAGCUGUGCCACUGUGGUCUCAGCACUGAUGUGUAACACAUCACAUCUGGCAGAACUGGACCUAAGCUGCAACAAGCUGCAGGAUUCUGGAGUCGAACAGUUGUGUACAUUGCUGAGGAACCCCCACAGCAAACUGAAGAAUUUGAGAUUGUCUGGAUGCAGUUUGUCAAAAACUAGCUGUGAUGCACUGGCCUCAGCUCUAAGGUCCAACCCAUCCCAUCUGACAAACCUGGACCUGAGAUACAACAACCUGCAGGAGGAAGAUGUUCAGCAGCUGAGGGAUUUAGUGGAAACUCUGAGCUGGCAGUCUCAAGAAGCAGAAGAUUAGCCUUUUGUCAGAAGAUGUGCUGGAGAACGAUGGAAGACUCAGAGAGCGUGGACAUAAAUUAUGACACUACAUUCCAAAGCGAUCUUUAAACAAAUCCACUGUCAAAAAAUGUCACAUGUACAGUUGAUGUGUUACAGCUCCAAUCUCUGGGUCUAUGGAGAACUGCAGUUUUUCCUUUCAUGCACUUUGUCAUACAUUUUUUCAACUUUUAUAAUUUACCUAAUUUUAAGCCUUUGUAUGUUUUUUUUAUAGGUGAGAUAACUAAAAGGAGGUGAUCCAGUUAGGAACAGUGCAAAAAGUAAAAAAUAUGUAUAUUUAAAUUGACAGAAUUAUUAAUAUGCACUAUAGAGCAUAGUGGAUUUUUUGUGCACAGUCAAUGAAUGGUUUAUUUCCUAACUUGUGUCAUACACCAAAGUACAAAACCCAUGGAGUGAGACAAAGGAGUCACAGAUAAGUCUGUCAGCCAGCAAAGGUUUAACUGUUCAUAUUUACUGUAGAACUUGUUUGUAACACACUACAUGUUAGUGACAUUAGCAUAUCUACAAUACCAGUAACUCUCAAACUUGUUUGCAACAGGUUUUAAAAAAAAAACAGACUGAAACAGCUAAAACUGAAGUUACUCUGACUCCGCUAACUCCCAAUCUUGUUCGUAACACGUAAAAACACACACACACACACACACAGUCCAGCACUGCUACACAUUAGCCGCAUUAGCAUAUUCACAAAACACCCAACCAAACAUUUUGACAGAACACUGUGUACCUCGAAAGUUCAUCAUUAGUAAGCACAACCAGAAUGAUGAUGCCACCAAACAUAAGGAGUACUAUCAUUAAAAAAAUAAAAAGCUUUAAAGUGUGCCUUAUCACAUGGAACAUACUGUAAUUUAGGAAAUAUCAAAGACUGUUAAGGGAAAAACAUGUGUACAGUUAGCAGAUCAGCUGGUACAGGUGCUAGCUGCUCAUUGGUUAAUGUUCAGAACAACGGCCUCACACUCAAAUGUCACUUUUUGACUCCCUUUACACUCAUUCACAGCUUAGUGAAGCUGGAAAUCACAGGCCAAGAGAAGGGAUAAUCUGCAAACAAAAAUAAAAAUUUUAGGCUUUCAAAACUGCUAACUCUUAGCUGUGGCGAGAGAUGUGUUGUUAAUGAUGAACUGAAUCUGUGACUAAAGGGAACUUCAGCAGAGUACAACUGCUGGUUUUGCUAGUCUGGGUCAUGCUCUGUUACAACAAGGAUCAAAGGAACCCCCAGUGGCCCCACUGGGUGUUAUCAAAUGUCCUUUUUCAGAGUCUACUGCCAUAUUUAUGUUAAACCUAGCUACUUUAAAGUGCACAAUGAUAUCAGGCUCUGCUGUUCUCCUCCUCUGUCUGUUCCUUUUUCCUAUGUCUAGCAUAAAGUACAACACUAGUAUAACAAGUUAAUGAAUUCAAGAUAUUUUUUCCUCAAAACGCACAAUGUUUAAAAUGUUAUUUGUAAAACCCUACAGGAAUCUGAUGGUAAACAAUGGGAAAAAGAGAACACUGUAACAGAAAAUGGUAGAACACUAUACAUAUUUUGUUGGGUUUUGACAAAACUAUAAAACACAUCUUAGUUUACUAAAUAAUUUUGUAGCCUUACUGGUUUGUUACAAAUGUUAAAGAGUUCUUUAUAGACUCAUAUGUGCCUAUAUGAAGAUAUUUGUUGACAUGUGUAUCAUUUAUUUAUUGAAAUCUCACUCCAAUCACUUUGAUUGGUUGGAAUAGCAUUCCCAGUGGUCUUUUGAUGAUGAUGAUGAUGCCACUUUAAAGCAGAAUAAAAAAACUGUCAUUUUUACCUCUGUAGAGCAGAAGGAGUUCCUCUUGUUUACACUCUCUCCCGCUAGCUUAAAGCCCCUCACAAAAAUGGUGCAGAAUGUUGGAGCUAUCCAGCCAUACAGUUUUGAUCCAAGUUCCAACUAAGACAAGAAAAACAAAGACGUUCAAGAAUGUAAUGCUGCCUCUUGGCCAGAACUAUCUUGGAAAAUAGUUUUUUUUUUUUUAAAUCUCAACUGGACCUUCCAGGAUAAAUAAAGGUUAAAUAAAAUUAAGGAAAUAAAAUAUUUGUCUUGAAGUAGAUGCAUCAGAAUGGACUGGAGCAGGGAGCUUGUUGGCCUCUCAGUGCAUUUUAUAUGUAACAAAUACGUAAGGGAUAAUACCCGAUGAAGUGUGCAUUAUGAGAAAUUAACGCACGACGCGG